AAGUUCACAAGGGCCACAAAGGACCGCGCAAACCCACCCGCUCCUCACUGCCCUGAGGCAGGUGAGGGUGGCCGCCAGCCGGGAAGAGGGCGGUGAGGAGGCGGUGGCUUCACCCGCUCUGCCCGCCCUUUUCCCGCUGCUUGGCGGGAAAAGCAGGUCGUUGGCGGGUACGGAGGAGAAGCGGCUGACGGGAGCAGGACAGCAGGGCAGCUGGAACACAUCCCGGCCCGGAGGGAGCCUCUCGGGGUGCUUCUCGGCCGACAUGCCUGCCGAGGGAGAGCUGCCGGAGGCCGGCGAGCAGCAGUACCUGCGGCAGGUCCGGCACAUCCUGCAGCACGGCCACCGGAAGGAGGAUCGCACUGGCACCGGCACCAUCUCCAUCUUCGGCAUGCAGGCGCGGUACAGCCUGAGAGAUCAGUUUCCACUGCUGACAACAAAGAGGGUAUUCUGGAAAGGAGUGCUGGAGGAGCUGCUAUGGUUCAUCAAGGGUUCUACAAAUGCCAAAGAGCUCUCUGCAAAAGGUGUGAAGAUCUGGGAUGCUAAUGGUUCGCGUGAGUUCCUGGAUAAGCAGGGUUUCAGCACCAGAGAGGAGGGAGAUUUGGGACCAGUUUAUGGUUUUCAGUGGAGGCACUUUGGAGCAGAAUACAAAGAUAUGCACACAGAUUAUUCCAACCAAGGAGUUGAUCAGUUGCAAAAAGUGAUUGAAAUGAUCAAAACCAAUCCAGAUGACAGAAGAAUCAUUAUGUGUGCUUGGAAUCCCAAAGAUAUUUCUCUGAUGGCUUUGCCUCCAUGCCAUGCCCUUUGCCAGUUCUAUGUUCUUGAUGGUGAAUUAUCAUGCCAACUCUACCAGAGGUCUGGAGAUAUGGGACUAGGAGUGCCUUUCAAUAUUGCCAGCUAUUCACUGCUUACUUACAUGAUUGCCCAUGUCACAGGGCUAAAGCCUGGAGAGUUCAUACACACAUUGGGAGAUGCGCACAUAUAUCUGAAUCAUGUUGAACCUCUAAAAGUUCAACUUCAGAGGGAGCCAAGACCUUUCCCCAAACUUAGAAUUCUUCGGAAGGUUGAAGACAUCAGUGACUUUAAGGCAGAAGACUUUCAGAUUGAUGAUUAUAAUCCUCAUCCACCUAUUAAAAUGGAGAUGGCUGUUUAAUGCUAUAAACCAAUUUCUAUUAAUGUGAAAGUGUACCUAAGCUAUUUAGCUUUCUCUGUUUUUAAAGUUAUGGAGUUUUUAUAUACUUCAAAAGAUACAUAGUUUAUUACUGAAAAAGAAACAGUUCUGCCUUCAGUACCAAGCUGUAGUUGUACAGAACAGAUGAUUAUUUAUUCCAGCUGUACAGUUUUAAGUUGUUAAUGAGAUUGUCUUCUACACAUUGUUUCAGUUACCAGUGGCCAUCUCUGUUGCCAUUCAGUUACUGUGUGUGAGUAGCACUUACUUACGUGCUUUAUUUAGUACUGAAAAAGAGAACUUUUACAUAUGAUUCCUUCAAGGUUAUAGAGGUCUUUAAAUAUGUUCUAAAGAGUUUAUCUUUAAUAAAGCUUAAAAAUUUUCUGGAA